GCUUGACAACGAAUUUUGUUGACACAUUUGCAUUUCUUAACCUUAGGCGUUUAUAGGUUUUUAACAGGCGGGUUAACGCACUGUGAUUGUAACUUUACGUUGUCUAUCGUGGUAGAAAGGGGAAAAGCAUGUCGUUUGUCGUUCACAUGUGACUGUUCGCACGAGUUUUUUUGCUUGACACCUACAUAGGGAAAAUUUUCGUAGAAUAUUUACUCAGUGUCAACACAAUCGUACAAACGCUGACGAUAACCUGAGCUGGUGUGGUCAGGGGCCUUGUAAAGCAAGACUUCGUUAUCAGUUUCUUUUAAGUAAGACUACUUGUGGUUUGAAAGAUUCUACAAAUCGCCAAACUGGGUUGUUCGUCGUCGAACGCAGCAAAACCAGCGGCUGACCGCAACGCACAAACACGUGAUGACGAAAACGACAACAACCAAGCCGCCAUGACGGCUCCGAAGAUAAACUUCCCGGCGGAAAAUUCGCCCCAAAGGGCGAAAUCAUCAGGCUCGUUAAACAUCAGAGCCAAAGUUGUACCACUUAAGCCGGGGAGAAGUCUUAUGGACUGGAUCAGGCUUGGCAAAAGUGGACAAGACUUAGCUGGAACCGGCGGACUUGUGCAAGCUGUUACCGAGGAAGAAUUGAGCAAACAUAAUAAAGAGCAAGAUGCGUGGAUCAGUAUCAGAGGUAGAGUAUACAAUAUGACUCCUUAUUUAGAGUACCAUCCUGGAGGAAUUCCAGAGAUCAUGAGAGGGGUCGGAAGGGAUGCUACUGAUCUUUUUGAUGAGACACAUAAAUGGGUGAAUGCUGAAUCAAUGUUAGAAAAGUGUUUCAUCGGCCCUUUAAAAAGAAGCAAUGUGGUUAAAAAGGCAAAGCCUUCAAGAACAGGAUCAGGGAACUCCCUUAAUGUCUCAUCGGGAUCGCUGCGGUCUCAUAACAGUUUGUUUGUCCCAAGUGCACAAGUUGAUGGAUUUGCAGUUCCUGUUCCCCCACAAAAGUCUCAAGACCCUCGCUAUGACUGGUAUCAAAAUGAAAAAAUAAUAACAAUAUCAGUGUUUACAAGAAAAAAGGAUGUACAAGUUGAAGAUGUCAUAUUAGAACUGAAGGGAGGAAAAGAGUUUGAUGCAAUAUUCCUUUUAGGAGAAAAAAGUUUUCGAAUUCAUUUAGCGUUCAGCAAUCUCAUAUCUCAUCAACAAGUACGUUUGUCCGGGGAAAGUGGCAAAAUUGAUAUUCUUUUGACCAAAGAAGUGGCCGGGGUGCAAUGGACUGAGUUAGGACAAGGUUUGCCGGGAAAUAACUCUUUCAAGUUGCACAAGGAGAGAGAUUCCAGGUUAUGGGAUUGCCGGGUUAUCUCCGUGGAUUCAGUAACACACAACUGUAAACUGUUUUGCUGUGAGUUUCCGAAUGGUGUCAUUAUGAGAAUACCGGUUGGACGUCACAUACACUUGACCAGAGAUGUUGAAGGAAUGCAGAUCAGCCGCCCAUACACAGUCGUGUUGCCCUCGCUUCAAGUCGAUCAAUCAGAGCGAGAAUUUGAUGGCAGACGGUUUUACCUUAUGAUUAAACUUUAUCCUGAAGGAACACUUACACCAACUUUAAAUCCUGUUGUGGCUGGCGAUACUCUUCAAAUUGCUGAAUAUUCUGGCGAUUUUAAAGAUACUCGUCUGAACGAGGCAAAGGAAAUUUUUCUGAUUGCUGCUGGGACAGGUUUUACACCAAUGAUUCGACUCAUUCGGCGAACAGUGAUGGAGAAUUCAUCUGUUGAAAAAUCUGUCAAACUCUUGUUCGCAAAUCGUCAGGAAAAAGACAUCUUAUGGAAACAGCAGUUAGACGAACUCUCCGAUAUUGCCAGCCCAAGAUUUCAAGUGUUUUACACUGUAACCCAGACCACCCCCGAGUGGGAAGGUUACGAGGGUCGUGUUUCUAUGGAGAUGUUGUUAGAAAUCUUACCCCCUCCCCCCAGUGCAGACACUGAACGGGAGCUAUUUAUAGGCGUGUGUGGCCCAGACGCUUUCACACACCAUAUUGUCAGUAUGCUAAAAGAUCUCAGUUACACCGGAAGGAUGAUUCAUGCAUUCCUGGCUUGAUAAAUACUUCGUGUAGGUUGACAGAAUUGACUAAUUCACACCAGGCAAUACGACACAGAUCUAAUCCACCCGCCACUCAAGUCAUAACGUGCAAUAUGCACCUUGAAUAUAACACUUAUUCAUAUUUGAAUUACUUUGACGCGAAAAUGCACAUAUACUACUGCUCCGGGCGCUAUGGUUCUUAAAUAAAGACUGAUGGCCUUCAAGCGCCCACAACGUUUUCUCGUCCGAAGGGGAUGCCUGAAACGUUUGGGCCAGUGGCAAUGAUCGUGCUCUGAUAGCAGGAAUAUGGCGCAAACACGAGAAUGGCAUGGUGCAUUAGGUAACGACGAACGAUAAAAGAUGGGAUAAAAGCCGCAAUCCCGUCGUCCCCUUUAAGCUUUACGUGCCACUCAAUCAUCUUAAUUCUCUAUCGCACCCUUAGAGCUGAGAAGUAAGCCAAAGCUGUGGACCAACAUUAAACGUUUUGGAAUUGCUGUAGCAAAACAUUCUCUUUUUGAAAGACUGGUGAUCAGUAUAUUAUAAUGGAACAUUCAUUACAAACCCCCACGUUACAUUUGUAAGUACUAUUAAAUAGGAAUUCCUUUAAGUCCUGGAGUUUCGAAACCUCGUGAGCAAUACAUGCGUUCCCAGUUGAAUAAAAGCUUGAUCAUUUGUGAUG